AUGAACGAAAAGGAAAUUGAGACCUGGGUGGCAGCCCUCGCCAGCUACGACAACAACGAGUUUGACGAGUCUCUGAAAGUCUUCGAUCAGAUUUCCGACACAUCCAAGAUCUUGUUCAACUGUGGUGUGAUCCAUGCGACGCUCGGGGAGCAUGAGAAAGCCGUCGACUGCUACCAGCGCGCUGUGCGUCUGGACCAGUAUCUCGCUGUCGCAUACUUCCAACAGGGUGUUUCUAACUUCUUGAUGGGCGAUUUCGAGGAAGCACUCGCCAACUUCAACGACACCCUCUUGUACCUGCGUGGCAACAACAACAUCGAUUACGAACAGCUGGGCCUCAAGUUCAAACUCUACUCGUGCGAGGUUCUCUUCAACCGUGGUCUUUGCUACAUCUACCUACAGCAAAGAGACGCUGGUCUCCAAGAUCUGUCGUUUGCGGCCAAGGAGAAGGUUGUGCCGGAUCACGAUGUGAUUGAUGAGGCCAUCAGGGAGGAGGCUGAGGGUUACACGGUGUUUUCUAUUCCAGUUGGCAUUGUCUAUCGCCCCAAUGAAGCUAAAGUCAAGAACCUGAAGACAAAGGACUACCUCGGAAAGGCUCGCCUGGUCGCCGCUUCAGACCGCAACAACGCAUUCACUGGAUUUGCUGGAGCAGAGAUCAAGAAGAUGGGCAACACUGCUACAGAUGACAGGCCGGAGGAGAAGCUGUCAUUCGCUGCGACCAACCUGGUUAAGCCGGAACUUCAGAGCAGAGCACGCCAGCAGUCCGAACCACCUAUGAACCGUAACAUGUUCCCACCCACACCACCUCCGGAGGGCGAUGGUAGGGGCUCAAAGGGCAGUAGUAGCAACGAACCAAUGAGCCGAGCACAGUCUGUGCGUGGUGGUGGACCUAAACCGCAACCGUUGAAUCUUGGAAGAGCUGCUUUUGAGCAAAGAAACGAAGAACCACGUCGCCAGCCAACACAGCGCUCCGCGUCUGAACGCCCACCACCAAACAGGUCUGAGUCCAUGCGCAACAGACCCCGCGAGAAGCCGCGCCGCCGUGGUUCAGAAGAGGAUAUUAUCGAUGAAUACAAUGAUGAUAUCUACGACUCAUAUCAGUCUCGAACUAGCCGCGGUCAAUACGGUCGUGGUUCGAGGCAAGGCGGGUCGAGGCGACCCGCGUAUAUCGAAGAGGAAGACGAGGAUGACUACGAUGGAAGUGAUUUGGAUGACGCCGAGUUCGAGAUGAUGUCUCGCAACAGCAAAUCCCGAAGGCGCUCGCCUGCGCGGUCAACAAAAUCUGGCGGUAGCGGCGGUGCGCGCGGAGUUGCCGGCAAGAUCCGGGUCAAGGUUCAUGGUAACGAUACACGCUACGUCUUCGUUACCGCAGACAUGACAAUGCGCGAAUUCUCUCAAUCGAUUAGAGAGAAGUUUGGCAUGAGACAGAAUUUCAAGGUCGAGAUCAAGGACGACGGUGACAUGAUCACUAUGGCCGACCAAGACGAUUUGGAUAUGGCCAUCGACUCCGCGAGGGACGGCGCCAGGAGGACUGGCGAGAGUCCAAAGAUGGAGGUAAGUUUUAUAUUCAUGCUGCAAUACUUUGAAUUACCUACUAACUGA